ACAGCUUGACUUUUAGUCUUUUACAAAUUAUUUCAUCAUUUUUAAUGCUCUUUUACACUAAUGUUCCUUUUUAAGAAUUUAAAAACAAAUCGAAGCCUGUGUCGGCUGCUGUUAAAAGAUUGUACAAAUAGCUUACGUCUGAUAUCUGCUUCUCGUGGAACCUUUUAAACGCUACUCAGAUCUAUUGUUUUGCUUCCAGCUUCACUAGCAGAAAAGUCCUGAAGGACCGUGAGACUGCGAUGAUGAAUGCGGAAUUGCGAUCUCUGCAUUUACACUUUUGAUAGUGCUUUGGAGUGCCGAUUUGGACAAGUAUUUUGAGUUAACUUUGGGGAAUAAAAGCUUGAAGCUGCAGUCUGUCUCAUCAAUUAUUGGCAGUCCAUGAAGUGCUGUCUGGGCACGCCACAGUAGUCACUUCAGGUUUCCGAGGAUGGCACCAGUCGACAGAAUCGCAGUUUCUGGUGGACCAGCUGAUGUUUGUUUCGAUGAAACUGGCAGUCAGAUCAUUGCCUGUGGAGAUGACCAGGAUACGAGAGUUUUCAAGGGGAUCGAGGAUAUGGCCCCCACCAGUCAUUUGCUGGAAAGAGGCCGCAAUCAUGGCUUCGCUAUCAUCUCCAAGGGCUCGCGAUAUUUCAUCGGGUCGGAUGCGAACACUGUGGAUGUCUAUACACUGGAAAACGGCGAAUUUGAAUCGUCAAUUAUGCAGUUUACGGCCGCUGUAACGUGUCUGGCAUCUGUUUCGCUUCCUCAGACAACACUAAUAGCCGCUGGUGCAGGGGAUUUCAAAAUCAUUGUAGCAAAUUACGACGUGGAAACCGGGAUUGUAACCACUCGAGCGAGUUUCGUGGGACAUGCGGCGCCUAUCUUGAGUGUCGCUUUGGAUCCCGUCGGCAAAUAUUUGGCAUCUUCCAGUGGCGACGGUACCGUGAAGAUGUGGAAUAUUUCCGAUAACGCAUGCGUGAAAACUCUGGAUAAUUUUAUUCCCAAGAUCAAUGAUUAUGCAGCCGCCAGGCAGCUGGGACGAAUGUCAUUUGAACCCAAAACAGGGAAUAUUCUCGCUGUUCCCUCGGUCAGGGACGUGAAAUUAUUUAUUCGCGAUAAAUGGGAAGUUGUGGGUGUUCUAAACGAUUCAUCCUGUCACGCUCCGCCGUCAGUGGCGUCAUUUUCUCCCUGUGGGACACAUGUUGCGGUGGGCCACAACGACGGCACGAUUUUGCUGUACAAUACUGGUUCCCGCCAGAUGGUUAAAUCCUUCCGCAGCGGAAAAUUGAAGUCGGUGUGGAGGAUAGCCUGGAAUCCGGCUCGAAAUGUGGCUGAAUUUGUCUUCUGCGACCGGGAAGGAUAUAUUUCUUUGGUAAAGGAAGCUUUUCUGCCGUCGGAGAACAGAGAGAACAGUACCAACAAUUUUUCGGAUGGUGUCACACCAGAAGCGAAAGCCCCUAAGUCACCUACUGGCAAACUGGAUAUUGACGAAAAUUCCAACAAGGGAAGUGGACACUUUAACGAUAAUUUCGAGUUCGAUGAUGAUCAGAUUGAUAUCGUAUCAGUCUCUGAUUUUGCUGCAAAAAAGACGAAACCGGCAGUUCCCUUCAUUCCACGGACAAAAAUGCAAAAACAUUUUCAGCCGGGAACGACCUAUGGACAUCGGCAUCGCUUUUUAGUGUGGAAUGAUAUCGGGUAUAUGAAAACCUAUGUUGGUGAAGACUCAGAUUCUUUUCCAGCCAUUGAUAUUAUUUUCCAUAAUUCAUCUCAACAUCGUCCAAUACAUGUGACCAAUAUGGAGAACUUCACUUUGGGAACGCUUAAUGAUACGGCAUAUCUCCUGGCUACGGAAGAACCUGAUAGGCAGGAAGAGACUGAUGUGCGCCGCAAGAGCAGUAUGGUUAGACUGGUCAUGAUUGGAGACGGGAAACAGUGGACGCUACCGCUGAACGAUGAUGAAUGGAUUCGGGGAAUUGCGCUGGGAGGGAAUUUGUGCUAUCUGGCGACUAGUCGCCGAAUGGUCAGAAUGAUUACGCAUUCGGGAUUCCAGCAGUAUAUUGUAUCGUUUCCCGGACCAUUUGUAUCAUUAGCAGCCCGGGCAAACUUGGUAACUGUUGUGUACCACCAAGCGGAACCCUUUAACGAUGAUCAGUGCCUGGGUCACUCUUUGUACCAGAUAACUACAAGAGGACUGGACCUGAUCGAAUCCGACAGAAGAUUACCUCUUUCGCCCAAAGCGGAACUGGUAUGGGUGGGUUUUGGUUUGCGUGACACGCCUUGCAUUGUGGACAAUGCUGGCAUUGUACGGGUGUAUCAGUGCAGUGGUCCGCUGGCCAAAAUCUGGUCUCCUUGUCUGGAUUUGCGCUCCCGAAUCAAGAACAAAUUUGAUCAUUACUUUAUUGUGGCACUUGACGAAGUCAGCCGACAAAUCCGUGCCAUUUUUUGUCGGGGAUCUUCAUACCCACAGACAGUUCCGAUUCCUGUUCAGUCAGUGAUACCCUUGGAAACCAUGCAAGUCGAUAUGACGGAGGACAACAACAAGAAAGAAGCCGAUUUGACUCUGAGGCGUCUGUUUCCUUCUUUUGCUGAUCAAAAUUCCAAGAUCUCCGCUGAAGUUUUGCGGCUUUUCGCGACUUACAGUGCGAAUUCCGAAGAAAGGCGGGCUGUAGAUAUCAUGCAAGCUCUUGUACCAGAAGUGAAGGACCUGGCUGUUUUCCGGAAAUACGCUCUUUCUGCGUGCCGCAAAGAAUUUGCCACAUUGGUGGAAGAGAUCAUUGAGCAGAUGCACCGGGACGAAGAUGCAGACAGUAUUCCUCGACCGCCUAGCCCGGAUUUGUACGGAGGAACAGCUUCAGCAACUUCCACUCCGGCGGCCAGAACUGUCACGCUCUCUAAAAGCAGCACACCGAAAACGACAACUCUUUCACAUUUUAAGCCGGCCCCAUCCAGUCGUAUCAGCAACGGCUCGGUUAAUGCCUUGAGCAGGUUCAACAAAGGUGAAACGGAAAGAAAAACACAGCUGUUCAGCGACAGCGAAGAUGAGGAUGCGCCGGUUAACCGUGGCUCAAAAAUGGUAGGCUCCGAUGCUGAGGAUGCUGGGGACGACGAUCGUGGAUAUGAUCUUCAGGAAGAUGAAGCCGAUUCUCUCAUGGGUCGGCCCACAGCGGCUUCGUCAUCCGAUUCCAAUGGAGAAUCCACCAUGUCAUCGCAGACGUUGAUGCUUGAAGAAAAUCAUCCCCAUUUCCGUUUAUCGAAUGGUACUGCUGAGAAAACUGCUCCGGACAACAUGUCAUCGAUCACCAGUACACCCGGAAACCCCUUCCGCAAGUUCGGCAGCGAGCGUCCGGAGGUCAUGCGCGGGAUCUCAUCAAUGGAAGAUUUAACCAAAGGCACGUUCCUCCGAAAAGAACGGUAUGCGCUCGGUUAUGAAAAAUGGUGGCAGCGAAAAACAUGAAGCAUCAAAAAAGCGCGGAAGAAAGGCUAUAGAGGACCUACCCGGAAAGAAGAAAUCCAAGCCAGAAACCACGAAAGUAUCUGCUGAAAAAGAUGGCAAAGCUAAACCGGCAGUGGAGGUAACCCCUCAGAGCAAACCGGUAUUUGCAGGACUGGCGAAGUAUGGCUUCGUGAAAGAAAAUAAGUAAGGUAUGAUGCUUGAUACCAUUGUUUCGCGUAUCUUCCAUACCGUAAUGAUUCCUUUUUGUUAAGCUUUAGUUAUGAUAAAGCGUUGUAAAAUCAUGAAUAUUUAUUGCAUUCUUUUCGUGCGGCUUUAUGUAAAGCCGCUUUUAAUAUAUAAUAUUGGACUGUAACA